UGAAUGACAUCUAAAGUAAUGAACGGGGAUAACUGGGAGGGAAAAUGGCCUAAACAACAAUCACAGGCUAACAAAACAGUACAGCGAAACAGUAAACGAAGUGAAAAGUCAGGAUUGAAAUUAUCAAAAUCAUCUAGAGGAACAACACCUAGAGAAAGAACUCUAAGGAGAUUGGAAAGCAAUGAGAGAGAAAGAAUGAGAAUGCACAGUUUGAAUGAUGCUUUUCAGUCUUUACGUGAAGUAAUUCCACAUGUAUCUAAGGAAAGACGAUUAUCCAAAAUUGAAACUUUAACUUUAGCAAAAAAUUAUAUAGUUGCUCUCACAGAUGUGAUAUGUGCAAUGAGAAAUGAAGAGAAAACCACAGAUCAACAAUCAAACGUUUCUGAAUCUCAAGAUCCAUCCAAAAACAUGAAUAUUUGCCUAAAUAUGAAUAUUCCAAUUCCUUCAAAAUCUUGUAGUUAG